UUCCUAUUAAGUUUCUUUUUUUGGUUUCUCUAUAUUUAUGUUGUCCCACCAAAUGAAUAUUGAACACUUCUUUCUCCAUUGUUUCAAAAAUAAAGAAAAAGGAUUGUGUAUACACUCAUUCUGUUUGUGUGGGCAAUGAUGAAGUUGAAUUGAUGGGUGACAAGUCUCAAAAAGUCAUGGGAGAAUAUAUGGAAAAACUUGAGGAAUAUAAGAACAAAGGAAUUGAGAUAAACUCCGACAAAGUCUAUUUGGAGGUUGUAGGUGGGCAAAAGAAAGGAAAAGUCUACGGUUUAGGGAGUGCUUCACAAAUGUAUUACAAGAGCGAUCCUGCUUCUCAACUUACGACAUCAUCUUCUACUCCUUCCAUGAUUUCUCAAUUAAGCUCUCAAGUUGAAGAAUUAAAGAAGAUGGCAGAAGAAAACCAUAACAAGGUAGAAGAAAGCCAAAAAAAUAGCGGCAGAGAGCUUAAAAUAUGCUAAGGAAUUCGUCGAAAAUCAUGAGAUCUAAAAAGCUACAUGGAAGAAGGAAAAAUUAGCUAUGCAAAAAACAUUGCAGGAAAUGGUAUCACUUAUUCACUUGUCAAACAAGGUUACCGUCCUUGUAAGCCUCCUAUGCCUACAGUCACCCGCUCUCGUGAUACAACUAAGUGAUUUUUAUUUUCUUGGUGGUAAUUUUGUGAACAACUGGUUUUUUUUACAUCGUCAUUAUUGGUUCUUAUUUGAAGUAGCUUUCUUUAUAUGGGAGGUGACUUUUGAAACAAUUAGUCAUAUGAGUUAAAUAUUAUUUUUUAAUACAUUGAUACAAAUUUGAUGAUAUUUUGGAUAUUUGAAUAAAAUUAACAUUUUGGUUAUUUGAAUUUA